CUGACACAGUGGCUGGUUGGAGAGAUUGCUGAUCCACUGCUGCAGUAGGCCUGCUGGACUAAGUCACGUUACCUCAGGGAGGGGAGGAAAGCACAGAAUCUGACGCCUGCACAAGAGCCACCCUCAUUCAAGCUGAGAUGUUACUGAUGCACGGUUGACUCUGAACACGAGCACGGACGGGGGCCGCUGGUGUCUGGCUGAAGCAGACUCGCACACCACUGUCUGUCCAGUUGGCUGGAUAUAGUGCUUUGGAAGGAAAGCAGUGAUGAGAUUUGUCUCUGAGUGGGUGAAGUGAGCCCGAUGAACCUGCAAAUACGGAGUGAUACAGCAGGCAGUACAGCUGACUGUGUGCAUUUUCUUCCACACUGUUCUCAUGAAUGGAGAGGACAAGAGUGGAGAUAUUCAUACCUGAUCAACAAAUCUGAUGGACUGCAGUACCGCUAACUGAAUGUUUUUUCAGAACUACAGAAGUUUCCAAAAUAUCUAAUAAGACAUUGAACAUGUCCGCUGACCACGUUGAGCGCACAGUUGCUUUGCCCCACAGAGACCUGCAGCUGGGCCGUUCCCCUGAGAGUCAUUACAGCAACAUGUCACCGUCCCCUUCACUUGACUCCAACAGUAGCCUUUCCAACCUGAGUGACAGAGAAGCCUACAGCUCCCCUUACAUCAACACAAUGGAGGGCUGUCUCUGUGAUAGUACCCCUGUGGAUAACCCCUACAACAACACCUUACCACAUGUGUUCUGUGGUGUAAGUAUGAACCUGAACCAAACGUUUAUUGCCACACCUGUUAAUGCCAGUGUGAAUUUCUGGAAUGAAAACUUGAGUCUGAUAAGCAACCAUGAGACAGGAUCAGAGUACCUGACUUUUAGUAAGAACACAGAGGAUGUACGUAACAGUGCAGUGAGAUCUCCAGACUCUGCUGGGAGGGAAAGCCAGCUGAGUUCUUGUGAGAUCUCCAGUAGAGGAUCAACUGAGAAUGGCCGCUGCUCAGUGAACUCUGGGGAAAUGGUAAUAAGGAGCAACAGUUUUUGUCUGGAGGACCAGGCACUCUUGGUAGUCUCUUCCCUGGAGGAGUCGUCAAUCUCUCUAGAUGUUGGACAGCGAGCAUUGCCUGCUUCUGAGUCUGCCCUGCUGUCAACCUCUCUGCCGGAUGUCUGCGAAAAAUCCACAGACAGAGUCACUGAGGAGAGCAUAGGCCAUCCGUGUCUUGGAAUGACUUUCAUUCAGGCAGAGCUCACUACUGAGGAAUAUGAUAUGGCAACAUCCAACUCUUUUGUAGCUCUGCCAAGUGAGAAUGAAGGACGUCUUUUAAUGACAUUUGUCUGUGAAGCGUCUCCUGAGAGUGGAAAAGGGCCUGAGUUUGCUAGUGCUGAAAGAGAGCCCCAUUUCCCUGGAGAACGUACGCCUGAAGAAGGGAAAACCUGUGUGUCCACUCGGUUAGCUAUGCAAGACAGAGAGAAGGAUUUUCAAACUUCUACUCCAUUACAAAACAUUGGGAACAAGAUACCCAGCCUCCCCUCCUUUUCAGAGUCUCCCUGCACUGGAAACGCAGGAAGCCCAGGACUCCAGUCUGUUAAACUGCAGCAAGUCUCUGUGACUCCUAAACAUUUGGUUGCAGGACAGCUGCCUUUAGCCAGCAAAGUCAAGAAAAUGGAAAUUAAGAAGUUUCCCAAGUCAGACUUCAGCAGUGUAAAAUCUAAAGUUGUGACACGAAGUACAGUUCCAAGCCCUGCUUCACAAGUAAAUGUGAACAAUAGACACACUGACGCACAUAGAGGAGCAGCCAUCAGGAUGAGUCCUGCCAAAGUAAAAUGUAGCACUACAGUUAUCUCUACCACCACUCAAAUUGUCAGUGACACUCAGAGACAAGUGAAUACAGGGGCUACUAAUUUAGGUGUGACGAUGAUACGGUCACCUGGGCAUACUGCUGUUGAUGGACAGAGCACGACUAGAACAACCCCACCUUACCACCACCCAGCUGCGAGUAUACAUGCAGCCUCAGGCCAAGUGGCAGAUGAUGCUGCUCAGCAUGCUGGCAACCAGACAUUCUGCUUCUCAUCCUCAGAAAAAUCCCCUGAUAGAAGUUGCCAAACAGAUCCCAAACCAACUCCAAAGAAGGGCGUGUCAAACAAAAUUGAGGUCAGGUCAGGCUCAGCAUUGGGUCAGGCCAAGCCUUCUGUCCUCACGAUGAGGCCACGCUGCUCAUCAGAGAGUUUACCAUUGUCACCUAGGGCACACAACGAGAAGAGAACAACUCUAAGGACCUCAACCAGCUUUACCAUUCCUAAAGCUGACACCAGUCUGGGCCACAACAAACCAGGGAAUCUGAACUGCUCUUCCCAGAAUCAACGGGGCACAAAUGGACCUGCUGAAAACUCCACAAGGGAGGUUAAGAGGAUCAGCCUGGUGGCAGAUUCAAGCAAGCUGACAACAGCAGGAGCCUCAUGGGAUGAGAAUAAGAGCAGAUUUCGAGUGCGGCCAUCUCCUAGACAAGCAAGAGGGACACCAAUUUCACAACCUCCAGCUGCCAGUCCCAAACCAGCCACUUUGUCAACCAGGCAAAGGCAGGGAACCCUGGGGCGGGAUGAAUUCAGGACCUUCAAAGCUGUAGGGACACCACAGUCCAAGCAGAAGAGCAGUACAGUCAGUCAGAGAGCGCAGGGAACAGGAGAGCCAUCCCUUGGAACUGGCUCAACGGCAAGUAUUAAGGCCCAGCUGAAUGGAUUCCGACCUCCUCAGACUCCUACACGCCCCGCUCUUAUGGGCCCUCCUGCUACUCCUGGUUCUAGACUACCACGCAGGACCCUGGGGCCAUCUAGGAGCCUUACUGAGGCCAGUGUUCACACUGAGCCAAGUGAACGCACUGGGAGUACACAAGUUUCUGGAGGAGCUGCACAUAAACCAGCCCCAUUCAAAUCAGUUGUGCUUAAAGCUAGACUCAUCACAACCCCUGGGAAAAACACUGGACUACCUUUGGCCACAGCAUGCAAACCUGCUGCUUCCACCAGUAAAGGAGCUUCAAGCUCUACACUCAGUCCACUGACAAGGGCCACUUCUGCCAGGCUCGUUCGUCUAACUCAAAGUGGACAUGUGGACAAGAACAAACCAAAGGCCAGCUCCCGCCAGCAACACCCGAAGCAGCAAGCAUGCCAACAAAACCAGAGUAAUGGACCUCCAGAUGUGGUACCAGCGAGAGUCACCGAGGGCGGGACAAAGGACCAGAGCAUCCAGCAGCUCAGAGGACUCCUGGCAGCUAGUAACUGCAGAUUUGAGGCUGUCGCCAUUGUCUUGCAGCAAACUUUGGCUGAGCGUGAUGAAGCCACAAGGCAGCGCAGGGAGCUGUCCCAGGAGCUUGUCGACCUCCGCGGAAAGCUGGUUUGCUCCGUCCAUUCAUCUGAACUUCUGGAGAAGGAGAAGGAUGAGUUGCGUGUUGCUUUGGAGGAAGCACUGCAGAAACUGCAGGAGCAGCACCAGAAGGACCUGACCGAGCUGGAGCAGAGACUACAGGCCUUCUACCAGGCUGAGUGGGACAAGGUCCACCUGACAUACCAGGAGGAGGCUGACAAAUGCAAGACACUCAUGCAAAAGCAGAUGGGAGAGCUUGAAGCCAAUCAUGAAGCCAUAAAGCUGGAACUAGAGAGCAAGCAUGCAGAGCAGCUGCAGUGUGUGAAACAGCAGUAUGAAAUGUCACUCGAAGAGCUCCGGCAAGUCCACAAUCAGGAGCGGCAGGCUUUGGACAAAACUUUGAAAGACGCAGAAGCCGCUCUAUCUGGACAGAUUGAAGAGCUGACUGUGGAGAACAAUGCCCUCAUUGAGAAGCUAACUGCAGAGGAGAACAGGAGGAAAGAGCUGGCCGAAAAGAGUCAGAAGGACUCCCACACCCUCUAUCUGGAGCAGGAGCUGGAAAGCCUCAAAGUGGUGCUGGAUAUCAAAAACAAACAGCUCCACCAGCAGGAAAAGAAGCUGAUGGAGAUCGACAAACUGAAAGAGAAAAAUGUGAAGUUGGAUGAGAGCCUUCAGAAGGUCCAGCAGGAGAAUGAGGACCUCAAAGCCCGCAUGGAUAGACAUGCUGCACUGUCAAGACAGCUGUCGACAGAGCAAGCAGUGCUGCAGGAAUCCCUUCACAAGGAGUCGAAGGUAAACAAGCGUUUGUCAAUGGAGAACGAGGAGCUGCUGUGGAAGCUCCACAACGGAGACCUGAGUAGCCCCCGCAAGGUGUCCCCCACCUCCACCUCCCCCUCCCACUCCUUCAGCUUCCAAUCACCUCGCAGCUCCGGCCUGUUCUCCAGCUCUCCUGUGUCACCCAGAUAACGAUGGGCCCGCGCUUCAAGGAAGCAGACCCUCUCGUUUGAGUUAUCCCCCUGGAAUAAAGAGCCAUGUUUGUUUCCUUUUUACUUAGCAGCAGCCCGACAAUGGCUCCUUUAGGAUUGGAUGAACUAUUUGUACAGUGAUGCUACAGACUGUAAAAAAAAAAAAAAAAAAAAAAAAACAACUAAAAAGUUGCACAGAAGCACUUAAUAAGCAAGGACACCUUGUUUUUUGCCUGUCACACCUGAUAAUAUGGACGGGGGGAAAGGAAAUCUCAGGACUUCUAUGUAAUUAUACACUAUUUUUUGUCUUUUACUUGUUGGCAGAGGCUUGUCUUUCCCGAAGCUCAACACAUACAGAACAUGCAGUAAAAAAUACACCCAUGCAGGCGUUAUGACAACACAUGUGCAACCCUGCUGUGUGAGUGGUCGGCAAUAGAAAGUCUGAAUUCGGAAUAUCAAAUACAUGGAAUUGUUUCUGUUGGAUUCCUGCACCAUUUCUCACAGCUGACAGUCACAUUGUCAUAUUACCAACAUCCCACUGCUAGUGAGCACAGCAGGGGGUGUACAAGUCUCAAUCAGUUUCUUUGAGAUUAUGUUUUUUGUUUUUGUUUUUAAGUUUGGGGUUUUUUUACAUUUAGUUUGGUAGGUUUAGGUUUCAUUCAUUCUGGCCUAAAACACAUUUUGUUUUUCAUGAGUCUUUGUUUCUUUGACCAUGGGACCAAUCCACGUCCAUGUGUUGGAGUCUUGUUAAUCAUCACCCUGAACACUCCUAAUGCUUUAAAGUCAGGGUCUUUGCAAAGAGAUAUCCAGAAUUAGCUUUACUUGUACAUGUCUGAGACAGUGCCUCUUAGAAAUGUAUCAAAGAGUAUUUUGUGUGGAAUUGGUAUUACUGGUGUGUUGACCCUCUUUAAAUAUGCAAUUAAUAAUAAAGUAUUGUGUUAAACCUGGUA